AUUUUACAUUUUGAGGAUUCCAGACUUUUCCAAAGUGGCUGCACUAUUUCCCAUUCCCACCAGCAGCGUACGAGGACUCCACUUUUGUCCAUAUCCUCACCAGUAGUUGCUAUUGUCAGUCUUUUUUACUAUUGCCACACUAGUGAAUGUGAAGUGGUUUUUAUAUGGUUUUGUGAUGUUUUACUUUUCUCAUCAGACCAUAAAGGAGGCAAAUAAUGAUAGAUGCUAAUAUAGAUGAACUUCACUUUAAACAUUCUCUUCUGUAUUGAAAAGCUUGUCCUCCCAAAAUAUGGUGGUGAAUUUUUACUUUGCAAAAGGAUAAGAGUACUUGAACUUUUUCACUGCCAAAUUUGGAUAUAUUCCCUCAGUGUGCCUUACCUUUGCUUUUAACUGUGCAGCUAAAAAUUUAAUAGGAAGCGUCCUCAGUUUGUUUACAUUAUCCUUUGAUUUAUCUAGAUGGUACUUACACACAACUUUUUGGCAACAUGUUAUUUAAAGCAAAGGUGUAUCUGUAAUGGGAGUUGUGUAACCAGGGUUCUCACUGGAAUGACACUAUAUCAAGUAUCUUUAGCAAAUGUUCCUAGUAUAAGUGUUAUCAGUGAUGUUGGACCAUAACUUUCUUAUCUUUAAACUAAGAUAAAUUUAGUAUUAUGUUUAUAAGCAGCAUUGUUCUGUAAUUUCAGGUAAGUAAUCUUUCAGUAUUACCCUGCAAAUUAGUCAACAUGGAGCAGCAGAUUUUCGGUGUCUGAGUUUGUCUUUUGAAUGCUGCAAAUUAUGUAAACAAUACCCAAGUGAAUGUGUUGGCAGAGAGUGUAGUUGGGCUACAGUUCUAACUUAUGUGUGAGUUUGAAGUACUCUUGUGUUCUGGAUUGUGAUUUAUGUCGCUGGACGGAGUGGCCCAGUGCCAGACAACCCUCGACGUCCCUGGACAGCAUCUUUCUGUGCUAGUCUGUAACCACCUGUUGAAAGGAGAAACAUUUCAUCCACAUUAUGAUAUUAGGAAGUGAAGCUCUUUAAAAAAAUUCUUUAUUUUAAUGUAAUUCAUACUUUCAUAUGUGUCAUGUUGCAGCUUUAUCGCUAUGCUACAGCUCAAGCAACGACCAGCAGAAAUUCUCUUUUGACAGAUGUAAUUGCUGCUUAUCAAAGAUUCUGUUCUCGACCUCCAAAAGGAUUUGAAAAAUACUUUCCUAAUGGAAAAAAUGGGAAAAAAGCUAGUGAACCUAAAGAAGCUAUGGGAGAAAAAAAAGAAUCAAAGUCAGCUGCUACCCCACGACCUUCCGGAGGAGGAGUUGGUGGCGGUGGAAAACGAGGUGGCAAGAAAGAUGAUUCUCACUGGUGGUCCAGGUUUCAGAAGGGUGACUUUCCAUGGGAUGACAAGGAAUUCAGGAUGUACUUUGUCUGGACUGCUCUGUUUUGGGGUGGAGUCAUGUUUUACUUCCUAUUCAGGAGCUCCGGAAGAGAAAUCACAUGGAAGGACUUCGUCAAUAACUAUCUUUCUAAAGGAGUAGUAGACAGACUGGAAGUCGUCAACAAGCGUUUUGUUCGAGUGACUUUUACACCAGGAAAAACUCCUGUUGAUGGGCAGUACGUUUGGUUUAAUAUUGGCAGUGUGGACACCUUUGAGCGGAAUCUGGAAACUUUACAGCAGGAAUUGGGCAUAGAAGGGGAGAAUCGGGUACCCGUUGUCUACAUUGCUGAAAGUGAUGGUUCCUUCCUCCUGAGCAUGCUGCCCACGGUGCUCAUCAUCGCAUUCUUACUGUAUACCAUACGAAGGGGGCCUGCUGGUAUUGGUCGAACAGGCCGUGGGAUGGGUGGACUCUUCAGUGUUGGAGAAACCACUGCCAAGGUCUUAAAGGAUGAGAUAGAUGUGAAGUUCAAAGAUGUGGCUGGCUGCGAGGAGGCCAAACUAGAGAUCAUGGAAUUUGUGAAUUUCUUGAAAAACCCAAAGCAGUAUCAAGACCUAGGAGCAAAAAUUCCAAAGGGUGCCAUUCUCACUGGUCCUCCAGGCACCGGGAAAACACUGCUAGCUAAGGCCACAGCUGGAGAAGCCAACGUCCCUUUCAUCACUGUUAGUGGAUCCGAGUUUUUGGAGAUGUUUGUUGGUGUGGGUCCAGCUAGAGUUCGAGACUUAUUUGCCCUUGCUCGGAAGAACGCCCCUUGCAUUCUCUUCAUUGAUGAAAUAGACGCCGUGGGAAGGAAGAGAGGAAGAGGCAACUUUGGAGGGCAGAGUGAACAGGAGAAUACACUUAAUCAGUUGCUUGUGGAAAUGGAUGGUUUUAACACAACAACAAAUGUUGUCAUUUUAGCAGGCACCAAUCGACCAGAUAUCCUAGAUCCCGCACUGAUGAGACCAGGGCGCUUUGAUAGGCAAAUCUUUAUUGGACCACCAGACAUAAAAGGAAGAGCCUCUAUUUUCAAAGUUCACCUCAGACCACUAAAACUGGACAGUACCUUGGAGAAGGAGAAACUGGCAAGAAAACUUGCAUCCUUAACCCCAGGGUUUUCAGGAGCUGAUGUGGCUAAUGUCUGUAAUGAAGCUGCUUUGAUUGCUGCGAGACACCUUUCAGAGUCUAUAAACCAGAAACACUUUGAACAAGCAAUUGAACGAGUGAUUGGUGGUUUAGAGAAAAAAACCCAGGUUCUGCAGCCUGAGGAGAAGAAAACUGUGGCAUACCAUGAGGCAGGUCACGCGGUUGCUGGCUGGUAUCUGGAACAUGCAGACCCACUUCUGAAGGUGUCCAUCAUCCCAAGGGGCAAAGGUCUGGGUUACGCUCAGUAUUUACCCAAAGAACAAUACCUGUACACCAAAGAGCAGCUCUUGGAUAGGAUGUGCAUGACUCUGGGCGGCCGGGUGUCAGAAGAAAUCUUCUUUGGAAGAAUUACAACUGGUGCUCAAGAUGACUUGAGAAAAGUGACUCAGAGUGCAUAUGCCCAAAUUGUUCAGUUUGGCAUGAAUGAAAAGGUUGGGCAAAUCUCCUUUGACCUCCCACGUCAGGGUGACAUGGUAUUAGAGAAACCUUAUAGUGAAGCCACUGCAAGACUGAUAGAUGAUGAAGUACGAAUACUUAUUAAUGAUGCUUACAAAAGAACAGUAGCUCUUCUCACAGAAAAGAAAGCUGAUGUGGAGAAGGUUGCUCUUCUGUUACUAGAAAAAGAAGUGUUAGAUAAGAAUGAUAUGGUUGAACUUCUGGGUCCCAGACCAUUUGCGGAAAAAUCUACCUAUGAAGAAUUUGUGGAGGGCACCGGCAGCUUGGAUGAGGACACCUCCCUUCCAGAGGGCCUGAAGGACUGGAACAAAGAGCGGGGAAAGGAGAAAGAGGAGUCCCCGGAGGAGAAAAUCGCCAAUCAGAUCCGAGGAGGGAGGCCCUUUUAGCUUGUAUUGUGGCUUCGGUAUGCACGUUAUUUCAACUCAGGCUUUCUCAAAAGAAUGAGAGCACUGCUGAGUUGAUCUCAACUAGCUGCUGACCAGUUGAAGUGGUGGGAAGAGGAGCACUUAAUCCUCAGCUUCAGAAGUCCCAGUAGGUGUGGCAGGGUGGUUUUCCCCACGGCCCGGGCCCUUGGACAGCCACUGGGAGAGGUGCCUGGUACUGUUCCCUCCACCGCUGGUGAAGGCAGCUGGCCAUGUCAGGGGGAGAGGCGCUGAAAGCGAGCCGGUGGGGGGGGUCUCUUCUACUUCCCAUCGCCCACUCUUCAUUCCUGUUUCCCUUCAGAGGCUGUGAAAUUAAAUUGGACUCCUGAUAAGAAUAUUUUAAUUUGACUAAUACUUUAAAGAUUGAAUCCAGAUCACAUGUUUGUUUUAAUGGAAUGGUUUUCUACAGAGAGCUGUAACAUAUUAAAAAAUAUAAAUGUAUUAUGUAAAUACGGCUUCUUUACAUCAAAAAAUAAAGUGUAAACAUUUUA